GCGGCCGCCAGAUGCCAGUCCGGCUCCCGGAAGCAGGCUGCGAGGGGCGGGCACGCUGCUGGAACCCGAGAGCUGCGGGAGCCAGAGCGGGUAGGGCUGCCCGGCGGCCUGGAGCCGGACCUGUCGGGAACGUCCCCGCAGCCCGGGGCAGCAGGUCGUCCGGGGGCCCACCAUGCUGGUGACUGCCUACCUGUCUUUUGUGGGCCUCCUAGCCUCCUGCCUGGGGUUGGAGCUGUCAAGAUGCCGGGCUAAGCCCGCUGGAAGGGCCUGCAGCAAUCCUUCCUUCCUUCAGUUUCAACUGGAUUUCUAUCAGGUCUACUUCUUGGCCCUGGCAGCUGACUGGCUCCAGGCCCCCUACCUCUACAAACUUUAUCAACAUUACCAUUUUUUGGAGGGUCAAAUUGCCAUCCUCUAUGUGUGUGGCCUGGCUUCCACAGUCCUCUUUGGCCUAGUGGCCUCCUCCCUUGUGGAUUGGCUAGGUCGCAAGAAAUCUUGUGUCCUCUUCUCACUCACUUACUCUCUUUGCUGCUUAACCAAACUCUCUCAGGACUACUUUGUAUUGCUAGUGGGCCGAGCACUUGGUGGGCUGUCCACUGCCCUCCUCUUCUCGGCUUUUGAAGCCUGGUACAUCCAUGAGCACGUGGACCGGCAUGACUUCCCUGCUGAGUGGAUCCCAGCUACAUUUGCCCGAGCAGCCUUUUGGAACCAUGUGCUGGCUGUUGUGGCAGGUGUGGCAGCCGAAGCUGUGGCUAGCUGGAUGGGGCUGGGGCCUGUAGCACCCUUUGUGGCUGCAAUCCCCCUCCUGGCUCUGGCUGGGACCUUUGCCCUCCGAAACUGGGGAGAGAACUAUGACCGGCAGCGUGCCUUCUCAAGGACGUGUGCCGGCGGCCUGCGCUGCCUCCUCUCUGACCGUCGGGUGCUACUGCUGGGCACCAUACAAGCUCUGUUUGAGAGUGUCAUCUUCAUUUUUGUCUUCCUGUGGACACCUGUGCUGGACCCCCAUGGGGCCCCCUUGGGCAUUGUCUUCUCCAGCUUCAUGGCAGCUAGCCUGUUGGGGUCUUCCCUCUACCGAAUUGCUACCUCCAAGAGGUACCACCUUCAGCCCAUGCACCUGCUCUCCCUUGCUGUCCUCAUUGUCGUCUUCUCUCUCUUCAUGUUGACUUUCUCCACUAGCCCAGGCCAGGAGAGUCCAGUGGAGUCCUUCAUCGCCUUUCUACUUAUCGAGUUAGCCUGUGGGCUAUACUUUCCCAGUAUGAGCUUCCUGCGGAGAAAAGUGAUCCCUGAGACGGAGCAAGCUGGUGUCCUCAACUGGUUCCGGGUGCCACUGCAUUUACUGGCCUGCUUAGGGCUCCUUGUCCUCCAUGACAGUGACCGGAAAACAGGCACUCGGAACAUGUUCAGCAUCUGCUCUGCCGUCAUGGUGAUGGCUCUGCUGGCGGUGGUGGGACUCUUCACUGUGGUAAGGCAUGAUGCCGAGUUGCGAGUGUCCUCCUCGACUGGGGAACCCUAUGCCUUGGAGCUUUAACCCCAUUCUAGGACAAGGGGUCUGGGAUGGACUCUUGAAUCCCACCUCCCCAGGGUUGUACAGAAGUCUGUGGCUCAUUUCGUGACCCUGCUCUGCUGCCCCUCCUGCUUUGUGUUGGUAUGGACAUGGGGUGAUGGACUCAAAGGACGGUGCCAAAAAUUGACUCCAUGUUACCCUCUGUCCCUUUGCCAUUUACAAAUAAACAUUUUCAGUGG